AUGCCACAUAUCGAAAUAAUUUUUAAGCAACUGCAGACGAUUAAUACCGACCUUAUCAAGGCUAAACAAGAACUAAAAAACUUUGAAAAUGCAAUGCAAAAAAUUCGUAAUGAAAUUGAUAAAAUUAUUGACAAAAUAGACUCGGAGCUUUUAGAAACCGAAGAUGAACUUGUUCCUCAGAAAAGGCGACGUUACGCUCGUUACGAUCGAUCUGUUUCAAUAAAUAGAAAAAUAGAAGCCUUGGAAGUUUGCGAUUCCAUUAUAAAACAGAUUAAGACACGAUUCACUUUCACAGGACAUCUAAUAGCUGCCGCGUUAUUCAUGAAAGAAGAUUUUAUUGAAUACCAAAAAUACUUUCCUGAUCAAUUGCUCUCUGAUACAGUUAACGCAUAUCAAUUUAUAGAAAAAAUCGUCUUAAAACAGAACUGCAAGUACUUUACGAAAGAGAAGAGUUGCAAACCAUUCCUCUGUUAUCAUUAG